ACACUGAUAACAGUUAACUUUUUUUUCAUACACAUCGUUAUACCGGUAAUGUAUGGACUUGCCGACUACGUCUAAAUAAUGACGUUUCGUGGCCAAGUACUCAAUAYAUAAAUACAUUACCUAUAUACAUCAAAUCAUAAUAAUUCACAAUAAGACGUUAUUAUGGGAGAUCGUAAUAAUACCAUCGUCGUGGAUCUGAAAUUCUGAAAUGGUUACACGCCGUCGCUUUUGAAGACGUUUUCUAACCACGUUUGGGCACGUUACACUUAUUAUUAUUGUUGAAAUUGAAUACAACAAGUCCGACGAAACGAUUUGAAUUUCACGCCGGCCAKGGAUUUUUCAACAAUGCUUUGACCAAAACUUGUUGAAUUGAAAAUGACGAGUUCCCUACACGUUGUCAUAACGUGCGUGAAGUUGCUCCUGUUGCCGUCCUAUUUUUCGACCGAUUUCGAGGUGCAUCGCAACUGGCUUGCCACGACGUACAGUCUACCUGUAUCCCAGUGGUAUUCGGCUAAUCAUUCGGAAUGGACCAUCGACUAUCCGCCACUUUUUGCGUGGUUUGAAUACUUCUUGGCUCAAAUUGCUGCCUUUGUCGAUAUUGACAUGUUGUCAAUACACAAUCAUAAUUACUCGUCAAAUGCUACCGUAUUCUUUCAGCGACUUAGUGUCAUCAUUACUGAUUUUGUGUUUUAUUAUGGAUCUCGAAAAUGUGCUCAGUCAAUUGCAUUACUUAUAAAACCAYCAAAAGCUAAAAAGAAAAAACAUAUGGAUGAAAGUAAAAUUUCUGUUUUUGUCAUUGAACUUUUGUUAAUAGCGAAUGUGACAUUAUUGCUUAUUGACCAAAUACACUUUCAGUACAAUGGCUUUCUUUUCGGUAUCCUACUUGUAUCAAUAUCACACAUUUUAAAGGGUGAAAAUUAUCGAGGUGCAUUUUGGUUUACGAUCYUGUUGAAUUUCAAGCAUAUUUAUUUAUAUUUGGCUCCAGCAUAUUUUGUAUAUUUCUUAAAACAUUUUUGUUUCAGAAAAAAUUUACAAUUUGCAAUGAAAAGACUCUUAAAAUUAGGUUUGAUUGUUAUCAGUAUAUUUAGUUUGUCAUUUGGACCUUUUGUGUUUAAUGGUCAAAUUGUACAGGUUUUUAAACAGCUUUUUCCAUUCAAACGAGGYUUAUCUCAUGCCUAUUGGGCACCAAACUUUUGGGCCUUGUAUAAUUCAGCUGAUAUUGGUGCUAAAAUGUCAUAUAGAGACAAUGAUUUAAUAAAAAAUAAUAAUUCAGCAUCAAUGACGAGAGGCUUAGUUCAAGAAUUUGAACACACUGUUCUGCCAUCAAUUACUCCUCAGAUUACUUUUAUUUUAACAAUAAUCUUUAUGUUGCCAUGUUUAUAUAAACUUUGGAAAUCGGAUAGAAAUCCUAUUGAUUUUGUUCGAUGCCUUGUAUUAUGUGGUUUGACUUCAUUUAUGUUUGGUUGGCAUGUUCAUGAGAAAGCAUUGUUGUUAGCAGUUAUACCAUUAACAUUAUUAGUAUUUACCUCUACAAAAGACUGUUCCGUGUUUACAAUGUUAUCAACUAUCUCUACAUUUUCUGUUUUUCCAUUGUUGUUUAAGCCAUUUGAAUUUAUUACUAAAUCACUAUUACUUUUAGUUAAUGUUUCGUUUUUAUAUAAUACUGGUAAAUUUAAAUYGUUGAAUGUUAUAGAAAAAUUGUAUUUAAUAAGUCUAGGGCCUUUGUUGUUGUUGACUGAGGUCGGAUGGAUGGUUUUAAGGUUUGAUCAAAGAUAUCCAUUUCUACCAUUAAUGCUCACUUCAUUCCAUAAYAGUAUAGGUGUUUUUUAUUGUUGGAUAAAAUACUACAUAUAUUACAUUAGCCAAUAAAUUAUAUAAUUUUAUGAAUUUACUUAUUAUACAACUGCGAAGAAGGAGGGCAUUUUAAAGUUCAGGAUUUAUUAAUACUUGCUUAAAUUUUUUUAUUUAUGUACAAAUCUAUUGUAUUUAUGAUUAUUAUACCUUGUGGUUAUCUGCCUAGUGCAAAAUAUAUUUAUACAUACUUGUUGUUGAACUAUUGCACA